AUGGCCGAUAGCUCCAAAUUUAUUGAGUACAUUGAUGAAGCUUUGGAAAAAUCAAAAGAAACAGAACUUUCCCGUCUAUUUUUCACCUAUCAGGGGAUUCCUUACCCGGUCACCAUGUGCACCUCAGAAACUUUCCAAGCCUUGGACUCCUUUGAAGCCAGAAGCGAUGACAUAGUGCUUGCAUCUUAUCCAAAGUGUGGUUCCAAUUGGCUUCUCCAUAUUGUCAGCGAGUUAAUAAUGGCUGUUUCCGGAAGCAAGUAUCAAUGUCCAGAAUUCCCAGUUCUUGAAUGCGGAGACCCAGAGAAGUAUCAGAGAAUGAAACAGUUUCCAUCACCAAGAAUUUUGGCAACUCAUCUCCAUUAUGACAAGCUACCUGGGUCCAUUUUCAAGAAUAAUGUCAAGAUACUUGUGUUAUUUCGAAACCCCAAAGAUACGGCGGUGUCUUUUUUCCAUUUCCACAACGACGUGCCUGAUAUUCCAAGCUAUGGCUCUUGGGAUGAAUUUUUCAAGCAAUUCAUGAAAGGACAAGUUUCUUGGGGAAGCUAUUUUGAUUUUGCAAUAAAUUGGAAUAAACAUAUCGAGGAUGCAAAUGUUAAAGUUAUAUUAUAUGAAGACCUGAAAGAGAAUUUGGCCUCUGGAAUAAAACAAAUCGCUGCGUUCCUUGGCUUCUCUGUAACGGGGGAGCAGGUUGAAACUAUCUCAGCCCAGACCACCUUCCAAGCAAUCCGAGCAAAGUCCCAGGAGACACAUGGCGCUGUUGGCCCCUUCCUGUUCCGCAAAGGAGAAGUUGGUGAUUGGAAAAAUCUGUUCAAUGAAGCUCAGAACCAGGAAAUGGAUGAAAAAUUCAAAGAGUGCUUGGCAGGCACCUCCCUAGGAACCCGGCUGAAGUAUGAAUCGUAUUGUCAGGCCUGAGUCUGGGCACAGCUGGAGGCCCAGGAUUUUCUUAUCCUUCAAACUAAUCAGAAUGAUGAACUACUCAGUAACAUUAUUAAGUAAUGAUAAUUGAAUAAAUAACAUUUCAUCUUAGCAACACUUAUCAGAUGAUAAAAUCUGAUUUUUUAAAUAAA